AUGCUCAAGACGCGCAGCCGCGUGGGCGCGCUCGAAGCCACCGUCGUCCUGCAGGACCCGAGCCGCGUCCAUUACGGAUCCGCCGAGCCGGUCCGCGGCCACGUGCGGCUCUCGUACAUCCCCAACACCCAGCAGCAGCAGCAGCAGCCUGCUGCAGACCGCGAGCUCUUUGGGCCUUGCAAGGUGCACGUCGCGCUUCAGGGCUGUCUCAAGGUCGACGUGAAGCCUCGCAUCGGCUCGGCGGACCUGUACCCGGAGCACGAGCGCGUCCCGCUCUUCGCCGCCGCCGAGGCCUGCAUCUUUGACGGCGCGUUGCGGCUCACACGCGACCAUGCCGGCCUCGAACUUCCCUUUGAGCUGCGGCUCCCUGCAGCCAUUGGCGAGGAGGAGGCGGGCCAGUUUGCGCGCAAGUUCGCCUAUCACGUCCAACGCCAGCGAGGCGAGCAAGUUCGAUCUCGAUCCGCGCCAGCCACUGCCGCCCUCGAUGACGCUGUUCGGGCCCAAGCAGGCGGGCGGCGGAAGCAACACCACCGGCAGCACCAACGGCAACGACACGGUCGAGGCUGGCAGCGAGGUGAUACAGGUCGCCGUGCGGUACCAGGUGUCGUGCCGGCUCGAGAUGCCCGGGAUCGAGGUGGUCCUGAGGGACGACUACGCCGACGCGCCCACGGUCGUGGUCAACGGCCGCCCGGCCCCGGAAUGCCGCGGCGCCGAGGUCCUUUACGAGCGACCAGCGGCCAGCCAGCCUGUGCUCGGGCAGCCCGUGCAGAGCGGGGGCGCGUACGUGGUCGUCAAGGACCGCGAUCUCGCCUCGCCGCAUGA